CUCCACAUGGACACACAUAAAUAUGUCAAGGCAGGUUUAUAAUUUCACUCUAUUUUAGGUGAGGUUUUUGUGAAGCAUCACAAAUUCGGCGUCGAGAAAAUCCGAUUGGUUUAUAUCAUUGAUGACAUUCUCUAUUGGACCAAGCCUGAGGACUUUAAUAAACAGAAGCCAAAAGGAAAGAUCAAAUUAGAAGUUUGAGUUAGUAAAUUAAUUUAAGGAUAUAUUGUAAAUAGAAAAUGGAUUGAAAAAAGCAAAGAAAAUUAAAGAUUUAGAGAGAGCAUCAAAUUGUUUUUCAAUUAUAACUAAAGAGAGAACUCUUGAACUCGAAGCAUCGAACAUUUAAAUCAAGAAUUUGUGGACCAACAUCAUAAAUAAUAUUUUAAAAAAAUAUUCGACUCCUCAACAGUGA